UCCUUCCGCGGGGUACGUCGUUAACGGUAAAUAUAUCGCUCGGUCGUUGUCUUCCUUAGUCUGAAACUGUUUCAACCGAGAUAGGCGAACGCGAACGCCGUGUUAGUGAAAGAGAAUUAUUGAAUAAUACUGAAAUAAUAUCGCGAGAUAUGGAAAUUCGAAGUAUUUUAUUGUGUGCCAUAUUUACCUGGACGGUUACCAGCUGUGAUUCCUUCGGGCGUUACCGAGCCGAUCAUCAGUCAUACAACGAAGGAGAGAAACGCAUGCGAAACGACGCAAAAUUUAAGGACGAUGUAUUGUCUCGCGAGAGAAGAACUUUGCUGUUUCCCGGCUCGCCUUUUGCGAUCUUGAUCUACGGUAUCGGUAUGCCGCUUCGAGUUGGCGAGGAGAGUGCCAUUGUUGGUGCAUUUGCAAAAUCGAUGUACGUUCUCCCCGACAAUUCUACCUACUACACGGAUCCCGGAGUGAAUUACAGAAGGUCAUCAAAGAGUCGGUGGAGUAUUUACAAAGUUCUGGAAUCAGCGAGUAUUGUUCUUGGAUACGGCGGUAAGGAGUGUCUUCUGAGAUCAAUUUGCGAGGCGGCCAACGUCCCAUUCAAUCCGAAUCACGGCCUCUUCGAAGAACUCAUCCACUGCUUUCUCACGCCUUCGAGUACAACGGAAGAACCCGACGAUUACAAAGAUCGGGAUUAUCUGGCUGCGGAACGUCUUGGACAUCAAAAAGGGGAUCAAUGCUCGACCCUGUAUCCCGAAUGCAAAGCGAGCAUUCUCGAUCUAUUUUCAUGGGUAGCUUAUUGAUCGGAGCUUAUCAUCUUUUCGGCGUUCAUUUUUUAUCGCCUGAAUGGAACAGACGGACUUUUGAGUCAUUUACUCGUGACAAGGGAUCGGGACGCAGCCGAGGGUCAAGAAUACUCGCUCGUACCUACCUAUUCGCCGCUACCCGCAAAGACAAUUACGGGGAGAGAGAAAAAUUCAAUUCCGAUUUCGCCGCUUAUUUCUCUCGUGUGCUAUUAGCUAUCCAAUAACUAGUCAGCAUCGCAUCGGGACCGUUAGUUCUCUCGAAUUGGAUCAGAUGACUAUUUUGUCAAUAGUUGACACCUUCCGCUUGGUGCUAAUGAUUGAAUAUUCUCACGGUGGUCACUUCACAAGCAACGGCUGUUAAUAACGGUAAAAAAAACCAUCUAUCCGUUGUCUUUCUUAGUCUGAAACUGUCUCAACGGAGUUAGACUAUAAGCAAGUUAAGAGCCUCGUUAGCGGACGGGUGGUUGUCUGAAACUGUUACGGUAGUCGAGGCGAUAACGGCAGAGACAUGCAGUGCGCCGGUGCAAUUUUAUUCUCCACUAUUUUCGCAUCAGUUUUCGAGUUCACUUAUUGCAGUGGACGAUAUUACGGAGAUCAUUCGUCUAAAGACGAUAUUGCGGACUUCGUGAGUUCAGAAAACUUCACCGAUCAAAAUGACGAUCGUGAACUGUCACGUGAAAAAAGAACAUUGGUCUACGCCGGCGCUUCCAAUCUAUUGUUAAUCUUUGGUCUUGGUACGCCACUCCAACUGGAUCGAGAGAGCGUCAUCGUGGGUGUAUUUUCGAAGAUGUUGUACGCACUUCCGGACAAUUCUACCUACUACACCGAGCCCGGAGUGUAUUACAGUAGAUCGUCGAAGAGUCGAUGGAGCAUUUACAAAGUUUUGGAAGCCGCAAGUCAAGUUCUCGGAUAUGGUGGCAAAGAGUGUGUUCUGAGAUCGAUUUGCGAGGCGGCUAACGUUCCGUUCAACGCGAAUCAUGGACUUUUUGGUGAAUUGGUGCACGCUUUUCUAACGCCGUCGAGUACGAAGGAGGAACACGACGAUUACGCCGAUCGAGAUUAUCACGCCGCGGAGCGACAUGGCCGCGAAGUGGGGGAACAAUGCUCAGAUUUUUAUCCCGAAUGCAAAGCGAGUAUUUUGGACAUCUUCUCACGGAUCGAUUAUUGAUCGCGGCUCACUUUCAUCGCGAGGGUAAUUUCCUUCGAUCCAAACAGCCAGGCGGGUUAAUAUCCUCCUUUUCACCUGGGGGAAAAGCUAGAGACGGAAACGACCAAUCUUGCCGCGAACGCAUCGGGACUCGACAUAACGGGUGAAUCGACGUUGGACAAAAAAGUCUCGUAGAUCGCAGUGAUUGAUUUCCCCACAAAUUACUUGUACAGUUCAAUUAUGAUCUGAUAAUCGAAUAAUAUUAUAAGUACAUUGAUCACGGGGUUUAUGAAUUUUGUUUUAUCAUACGACCGUUGAACCUUGAAUUCGCUGAAAUGCAAGAGACAUGAACUUAUAGAUGCUUGUACGAUUAUAAAACCCUGAAAGUUUUCGGUCUUGCAAUUAAUGUGCGCUGUGUGAGCAUCGAAAACAAAUGAAUGGUUAUGCGUUCAGUUUACGGUGGGGUGUCCGGAAUGAUCUCAUAAGCCACAGAAUGUUCGGAACUUUGACCGUUCCUGAGACGUUUCAACCCUCGUUCUGCCCGAGUUUUCCUCGACUUCUGGGUUAAUAUUGCAAACUUUGGCCUUAUAGUGACUUCCCUUUCUCUAAGUAAAAAGAGCUUUGUCUACUCGUAAAUUUGCCAAGCA